AUGGGCUGCAUAAACUCCAAAAGCGCAGACGGAGACAGGGAUGCCCUCCAGCGCAAUGCUCGGAUAGAUCGAACACUCAAAAAUGACAAGAAGACAAUGGACCGGACCAUCAAGAUCCUGCUACUGGGAGCUGGAGAGUCCGGCAAGUCUACUAUCAUCAAGCAGAUGCGUAUCAUCCACGAUCGGGGCUUCCCCGAGGAAGAACGGCGUCAGACACGCGCCGUGAUCUACUCAAAUCUUGUCAUUGCGUUUAAAGUUUUGUUGGAUAUCAUGAACGCCGAGAAUAUCGAGUUCGAGAAUGAAGAGAAGACUAAACCGCUCGCGGAGUUGUUGGAGAACACGGAUCCGGAUCUUGGGUCAGAUGAGGCCUUCUCAGAUCUCAAGGUUCGCGACGCCAUGCGAGACACAUGGGCUGAUGGUGGCGUCCAAAAGGCCGUGGCUCGUGGGCACGAAUUCGCCCUGCACGACAACUUGGUUUACUUUUACGAUGCUCUGGAUCGCAUAUUUACACCGGGCUGGCUGCCCGACAAUCAGGACAUGCUGCAGGCUCGACUUCGGACGACGGGUAUUACGGAGACGCUGUUCGAACUCGGACAGAUGAACUUUCGCAUGAUGGAUGUUGGUGGGCAACGGUCAGAACGGAAGAAGUGGAUUCACUGCUUCGAGGGUGUUCAAUGUCUGCUGUUCAUGGUUGCCUUGUCCGGUUAUGACCAGUGUCUGGUUGAGGAUCAAAAUGCUAAUCAAAUGCACGAGGCCAUGAUGCUGUUCGAGUCUCUGGUCAACGGUGAAUGGUUCAAGCGAAAGCCCAUCAUUCUUUUCCUCAACAAGAUCGAUUUGUUCAAAGGCAAACUCAGCAUUUCCUCCAUUUCGAAACACUUCCCCGACUACACCGGAUCAAACACCGACUUUGACGCCGCAGCGCGGUACUUUGCAGAACGGUUCCGCGGCAUCAACCGAAUACCCGAUCGCGAGAUCUACAUCCACUACACCAAUGCCACCGACACGACGCUGUUGAAGGCGACUAUGGAUUCGGUCCAGGACAUGAUCAUCCAGAAGAAUCUCCACACCCUCAUUCUAUAG